AUGCCGGAGAAGGAGGUGGCCUACCACCAGGAGGCCUUCUCCCUGCUGCCGCCGGCACCCCCGCCGCACCACCCCCACUCGGCCUUCCAUGCGGCCUUUCACCCUCAUCCGCAUCACGGGCCGCCUCCACCGCCGUUUCAUCCGCAUCAUGGACCGCCCCCGCCACCCCAUCCUGCGGUCACCGCCGCCUGGGAACAUCACGCGGCCGCUGCCGCCGCCGCUGCUGCCGCUUUUCAUGCUCCGCCGCCGCAUCCGUAA